UGUUUUCGCGCUAACGCGCGAAUCGAUUAUAAUCGAUUGUCCGAGCGAGACUCGCGCGACCACGUGUGGCAACUUUGCGGCGUAAGUGAUACGCCGUUCUCGACAGGAAGGAUGUCAAUAGCGUCCAAGGCUACCUUCGGUCUGUGUUUCGUCGUAUCUGUCGGAAUAAUCGGCUACGUGCAUUACAAACAGGCGUACGACAGGAAGCAACUUCGCUUGGGUAUUACGCGAGACAUUGAGCGACAAGAACGUCGGAAGGCCGAAAAUGUCUACAUUCUGCAGCAGCAGAUCGAGUUAGCCAAGGAAUUGCGCAAGAAACAGGCGAUCGAAGGAGACAAUACGUAGUGUGAGGCCUCGCUCCU